UCAGUCUUGAACUCGAUCGAGGAAUAGUCGCUGUCGGCUUGAGCGAACGAAAAUUUUUGGUGUAUAAAUCAGUUCACGUAGAAUAAAAACAGAAAUAAGUACGCGCAACCGUCGCAGUAUAAUAUAACGAUCGUUUCCUUGUAUGCUACUGGUGAGAGUGUCAAUUCCGAAAGAACUACAAAAAUGUCGGACAGAAAGGCUGUAAUUAAGAAUGCCGACAUGUCUGAGGAGAUGCAGCAGGACGCUGUCGAUUGUGCGACUCAGGCACUUGAAAAGUUUAAUAUCGAGAAGGAUAUCGCAGCCUUUAUUAAAAAAGAAUUCGAUAAAAAGUACAAUCCGACGUGGCAUUGCAUCGUAGGACGAAACUUUGGAAGCUAUGUGACGCACGAAACAAGACAUUUUAUCUAUUUCUACCUGGGUCAGGUAGCCAUUCUCCUCUUCAAGAGCGGAUAAACUGGAUUCAUAUUCUAUGUUUACCAUCCUUUCUUCCUCCCUUCACACAUGCUACAUGGAAUACCUUAAAUCACGUCGCCAUCUGUAAGAGAAAUUACAUUCUGUAUACAAUGGAAAUUUGUUUUUUAAGCGAAAAUAUGCUCCCAGUAAAAGAGUAAAAGUAUACAUACAUUGAUGCUAUUGACUUGCUGUUUUACUUAUCUCGGGAGAUAAGGCAAUGACUAAAAUUAUGUAGAAAACUGCAAAAGGGUAGGGAGCUAAUUAAUUGAAUAAGAAGAGGGGGGAAAAACCAAUUUGACAUACAAUCUUACAUGUGAAAUGUAUUGUGUAUGCCAAAAAGUUUGUUGUGUUCUUGUUUUAUAUUAGGUAUAUAAUGAUGCGAGGUUGAGUUCAAUACUGGCGAUUUUAAAUUAAUCAAUUUUUAGUGUUCAAACAGUAAGUGCACCUAAGUAUGUAACUUUCAUAAAAAUUCACAUAUGAUUUUUAUUAUCUUACUAUGCUUGCGGAAGUUAUAUUUAAUAGUCGUCAAUAAUGAAUGUAAACCAAACCGAUUGAUUGCCUGCAAUCAUUAUUUUAUGUAAUUUGUAAAUUGUCCUUUCAUUCUGUGAUGCUGUGCAACAGAUUCGUCGACUCUCUAAUUCGUUUGACUUCUGACAUUCUUACAAGUUCAAGGAUUGGAGUCUAAAGGAAGGUUAAUAUUAUCGAUGCAUCGUGAUAUCGUGUAUUCGAGCAUAAUAACUCUAUUUAAAAUUUAAACUAUGCUAAACACGAUGUCGCAUAGUAUCCAGUCAAGUCAUUAUCAUAAUUUUGCAGUUUUUUAUAUUGUGCACAGAAUUUUGCAAAUGUAUUAUCAUAAGGCGAUAUACACCCUUAGAAAAAACCUAUUCUUAUUUGUCCUUUUCGUUAUUUUUUUUUUUUUAUAAGUUUUUAUAUAUCCAGCCCAUUUAAAUUCUAUCUUUUAUGUAACAUCCAAUACCCAAUAUUACGGUACUUAUAUAUAUGAUAAAUAUAGAUUAUACAUAUAUAUUAUACUAUUUAUAUAUAGUGCAAUCUUCAAAUGAUUUUUCAUGCAGUAUUUGAUUAUCACGAUGUUGCUACAUUGUUCAAAUUUUAGACUGAUUAUUAAACAUCGUCACAAGUAUGACUAGCAUGGUUCUUUUAUAAGACUUCACAAGCCAUUUUUAUAACACGAUAUUGUAAGAGUUAACAAGAGUUGCCCAUAAUAUAUAAUGUACAACUAGAACAGCAGAACAGAGAUGAGAAAAACACAAAACACAAUUUCAAUCAUGCUCGAGCCGACUUUCCAGUAAAUAUUUUUCUGUCAACAUAACUUCGGUGUACUCUCUUUCACCUGUUAACGCACAUAAGCGCAUAGAAAUGUUGUUCUAGCGGCAUCUAUUAAAAAAAAAAAUAUAUAUAUAUAUAAAAAAAAAGGAAAAACUGACACUGUUUAGGGUUGAGGUUUGUUAAAUAGUAAAAUUAAGAUUCAGUAUAGUAUUAUGAAAUAAACUAUGCUCAGAAAUACACACCGCUGAUGAAUAUAUGAAUUCCCGCAAGAUUUAAAUCUAUCGCUGUGUUAUGUUAUAUCAAAAAAUUAGUUCGCUGGAACGAAUCUGACUUCAUAUCGAAAGUGCGUAACGAAAUAUGUUAUUAAACGGGGGAAAAACGCAGAGCUCAAUUUUCACGCGUGGAAUAAACCUUUCAUGCCCGAGCAUCUAUGAAAAACUUCCAAUUUUAUAACGAGAAAAUCGUACGUUAAGUUUUGAAGAGUAUAUUUAAAAUUCCAGCGAGGCAGUGCGAUCUAAUUGUCUGCUAAUGAUGAUCUUAUGUUUCAGAAACUUUCUUUUAAUAAAGGUAAUGAUUAUUCUUAAAGCUAAA